AUGAGAGGAUUCGAAAAUGCGAUUGUCGGUGUUCCUGGAGAGGGAUUAAAUGUUGAGCAACGAAAACGACUUACGAUUGGGAUUGAAAUGGCAGCGAAGCCCGAAUUGCUACUUUUCCUCGAUGAGCCUACUUCUGGGUUGGAUAGUCAGACCGCAUGGACAAUAUGCACAUUGCUGCGAAAGCUUGCCGAUCACGGCCAAACAAUCUUGUGCACAAUCCAUCAACCCUCAUCUCUUCUGCUGCAGAAUUUUGAUAAGAUCUUACUCAUCGAAAGGGGAGGCCAAACUGUAUACUUUGGGGAUCUCGGUAGCCAAUGUCGUACCAUGGUAUCAUAUCUCGAAAGCAAAGGCGCCAGGCCGCUAAAUGCUGGAGAGAGUGCGGCUGAAUGGAUGAUGGAAGUCAUAGGAAACGACUCAUCCUCUGUUAACUGGUUUGAAGAGUGGCAGCAGUCAUCAGAAAAGAAAGUGCUGAAACAGGAGAUUGCCAAAAUAAGCUCAGUUCCAAAAGGAGCCCAAAUCUCGACGAAUGUCUACGAAAAUCAGUACGAAGAAUUCGCUGUGCCGUUAACCACUCAAAUAUGGCUUCUGCUUGUCCGCACAUUUGUCGAAUACUGGCGCAUUCCCGCCUUUCUCUGGGCCAAAUUCCUCUUCAGCUGCGGUGCUGCGAUUGCGAUAUCAUUUUCUUGUUGGAAAUCUCCAACCUCCCUUCAAGGAAUUCACAGCCAGCUUUUUGCCAUCUUCACUUUCUAUACAAUCCUCAGUAAUCUUAUGCAACAAAUCGUGGCCCAAUUUCUCGAACGUCGAGCACUAUUCGAGGCACGGGAGGGCCCUUCCAAAACAUUCUCUUGGAUGGCAUUUCUGAUAUCUGCUGCCAUCACCGAGGCUGUAUGCCAGUUGAUCCUAGCCGUGUUUACAUUCGUACUUUUCUACUAUCCGAUAGGCAUGUAUUUACAAAUCGACAAGUCUGAAAGUUCUGAGCGGGCAGGGCUCAUGUUUCUAUUCUUCCUCGCCUUUCUACUUUUCACUUCGACCUUUUCGCAUCUUCUCACGGUAGGAAUGGAACACCGUGAGACCAUUGUGAAUAUUGGAUCUCUUCUAUUCUACCUUAUCCUCAUCUUCUGUGGAGUUCUCGUCCCUUACGACAGCCUCCCGAAGUUUUGGAUCUUCAUGUAUUGGAUCUCACCUUUUACUUAUCUCGUUCGGGGCAUGUUCUCUGCUGGUGUCGCAAAAAAGGCUGUUGUUUGUAGUACCGUUGAACUUUUGAAGGUUCCGAUCCAAGGGAAUAGCACUUGUCAGGAAUAUUUGAGGGCGUUUGUGGGAUCUGCUGGGGGAAAGAUUGUUGAUGGGGGAGACGUGGGUGGUUGUCAGUAUUGUCCAUUCGAGGGAACAGAUGAUCUUCUGGGAAUGUUUAAUAUCAGCUACUCGGAGCGGUGGAUUAAUCUUGGGGUGUUAAUCUUGUUCGUGGGGUUUAAUGUGGUGGCCACAUUUGGGGUUUAUUGGUUGACAAGGGUGCCGAAGAGGCAAAGGAUGGUGGAGACUUAA